AUGGCUAUCAUUAUUGAUAGCUUCUACAUGCGCAAUUGCUGGAAGUGUGCGCGGCCUCUACUGGGACUCAUAUGUCUACGUGGCGAAGCUUGGAGCUAUCAGGAUUGGGUCUACUACGGCAAUACCCUCACUCUUGCCCUCUGUGUCGCCGGGCCUUUCGUCGGCCUCCUCCAACGGUGGACGCAUCGGUACAAGGCCAUUCAGAUUGCCGGUCUAGUGAUCAAAAUCAUCGGCAUGGGAAUUAUGCUAGACAGGAACAUGGCGACUGCCAACACGGGCGCCAUGGUGGUGGCGAUGAUCCUCGUCGGAUUCGGCGGCUCUAUGUCGGUUGUCGGAUCGCGAGUUGCGUCGCAAGCCUCCGUCCCGCACCAGGAUGUUGCGCUCGCCAUUUCGCUGUUGGCCUUAUGGUCGAAGAUUGGUAGAGCUAUCGGGUCCGCGAUCGUGGCUGUGAUCUGGGCGGAUCAGAUGCCCAAGCAGUUGCGACAGUAUCUGCCAUCCAAUGCCACAGAAGCCGAUGUAAAGAAGCUGUUUGGUAGUCCGACGUCCAUUCGAAAGUUAUACAGCUUCGAUGAUCCUAUGCGAGUGGGAGCAGUGCGAGCGUAUCGGCACGCGCUAUAUUAUUGUCUUGCCACGGCACUGGGACUCGCAUUUAUCCCUCUUAUCGCGUCGCUGUUCCAGCAUAAUUAUUUCCUGGGCAAGUCGCAAAACGCAGUCACGAAUGUUGGAAAUGACGGACUGCCCCUUACAGAAACUUGUCGAUCAGAGUUACAGCCUCCCAAAAACAAGACAGAGGCGUUUCUGCGUUUCUGGGCCGGUAGGUAA